GUCAGAGAGAGUUGAUGUUGUCAGGCAUAAAAAACAGGACUCCAAGUGGAUCACACACUCACACAGACUCACACACUGACACACACACAGAGGGGGAAACCUGAGAGCUCGGUGUGGAGUAUCAGCACUCGCGCAGAGAAGGCAGAAGGAGAGGACUACACCUGUCUGUCCCCCGCACUCCCUCUAUCCUCACCGGCAGACUUCCAGAGAGGAUCCCAGUGGUCGUCCCUAUGUGUGGAUGGGACCAAAGUUACACGGCGACCUCUCAUAGCUCGGCCAUGUUGACCAGUGAGGGGGCGCGCACUAUGGAGCAGGACGACGCCAGCCACAAGAUGGCCUCCACGGCUACCGGCGCAGGUUCGGACGGCGCGGAGACGGCGACCGACACCGACGUGGACAUGGAGAUGGACGAGGCCGACAUGACACAGUGGACGGAGGCCGAGUUGGAGGAGAAGUGCACGUAUUUUGUCAAGGACACGGCGUGGGAGGCGGGGCCAGACCGCGACGUCGAGAUGACGGCGACCAGGGCAGAGGCGUCGCUGCCCAGAAACCUGGUCUUCAAACACCUGGCAGGCACCAAGGAGGUGGUCGGUGUGUGCAGCAGGGAGUACAUCCCCAAAGGAACCCGCUUCGGUCCCCUGGUGGGCGAGAUCUACACGGCCGACAGCGUCCCCAAAGACGCCAACCGGAAGUACUUCUGGAGGAUCUUCGCUGACGGGGAGUUUCACCACUUUGUGGACGGUCUGGACGAGACGCGCUCCAACUGGAUGCGCUACGUGAACCCGGCCAAGUCGGCGGCGGAGCAGAACCUGGCGGCGUGCCAGAAUGGCAUGGAGAUCUACUUCUACACUGUGAAGCCCGUCCCGGCCGGCGCCGAGCUGCUCGUCUGGUACUGUCACGACUUCGCCCGCCGCCUCAGAUACCCGUCGUCGGGGGAGCUGAUGAUGCAGAGGCUCAAGCAGACGCUUAUGGAGGCGAAGCAGCAGCAGGCGGACAGAGAGGACAGCCCGGUGGAGGCUUCCAGCACGUCUCCCGUCUCGACGACUCCCAGCCCGCCCAAGAGGGAGCACAGCGUCCUGUCUAUUCUCCGCGGCACCAACAGCACCCCGUCCUCCUCGGCCCCCAAGAGGGAGCCCAGCCGCCCACUUCCCACGCGCCCACGCUGUGCCGAUAGCCCGGAGCGGCUCCUGUGCCCCCGUGCCAUCUACCCUCCCAGGACCCAUUAUCCACUCUCUGAAGACAUGCUGAAGCCUAACCAGCUUGGUUACCCCUUAACCCGCUCCCCUGGCUACCAAUCGUCAGCCACACCGAGCCCCUCUGCGAGGAGCAGCCCAGACGACAGCCCUCACAGUAGCCCUUCUGCUCCAGCGUUACCAUCCGCUACUUUGUACCAUUACCCCGGUUACUCCCCUCCGUCUGCUCCACUCCACUCAUACUACAGUCCCAGGUCCCAGUACCCGAGUUACCUCCUACCACAUCAUUAUCCUCUACCUGGUGGGGGUGUCCCGACCGUGGGGGGGAUGUUCCCGAGGAUCUACCCGGUCUACGGCAGCCUAUUGCCCCCUCAUUUACCCCUGCUGCCUUCUGACACUGCAGGGAGGCGUCUUGUAAUACCCGAACCCGUGCACCCGUCCUCCAUCUCUGCCCACAGAGACUAUCUCCUGCCUGGGCCAAGAAGUGCCUUCUCAACUGCUACUUCUUUGAGAGACAAAGCAGGAAAUCAAAGCUCUUACCCCGGGCACCCUAACCCAAGCGGACCGGCUCAUAUUCCCACCAGCGGCUCCCCGACCGCGGGAACGGCGCCUCCCAGCGAGCAGGUGCCCACCAAGCCUACCUCAGCCCUUCUGGGGAACACCAGUGAUCGUCACCCAGACGAAGAGGCUAUCAAUCUGACCAAAAUGAAGCGUGGCGCGGGGUCGGCGGGCUACAAGGCGCUGCCUUACCCACUGAAGAAGCAGAACGGCAAAAUUAAGUACGAGUGCAACGUGUGCACUAAGACCUUCGGGCAGCUGUCAAACCUGAAGGUUCAUCUGCGGGUGCACAGCGGAGAACGGCCGUUCAAAUGUCACACCUGCAGCAAAGGCUUCACUCAACUCGCUCAUCUGCAAAAACACUACCUGGUUCACACCGGGGAGAAACCGCACGAAUGUCAGGUUUGUCACAAGCGCUUCAGCAGCACCAGCAACCUGAAAACUCACCUGCGCCUUCACUCGGGGGAGAAGCCCUACCACUGCAAGCUCUGCCCCUCCAAGUUCACCCAGUUCGUCCACCUCAAGCUGCACAAGCGCCUGCACUCCCGCGAGCGUCCGCAUAAGUGCCCCCACUGCCACCGCCACUACAUCCACCUGGUGAGCCUGCGGCUACACCUGAAGGGUUACUGCCUGGCCGCGGGUUCCGCUCCCGGGAGCCUGAACGUUUCGAGCCAAGCGGCCCUGGAGGAGGUGCAGCGCGCAAACGAAGAGAUCGAGCGCUUUGAUCUGAGCGAGCACGCCGAGCGACUGGAGCAGCUGCAGGGCGGGGUGGAGGUGGACGGCAUCUUGGAGAAGCAGGUCUUGGGGAUGCUGUGGAGGGAGACCGACCUCAAGUCGCCCAGCUUCCAUCCCAGUUACAGCAGCGCUGCCGCAGAUUACGGCGCGUUCAAGUCCCAAAACGAGACGUCGGUCAUCAAGAUGCGCCGCAGCGCCCCCGUCCAACCACUUGCUACUAGCAUUACUGUCAAGCAGGAGUCAGAGGAUCGUGAUUAAUGGACCUUUUUUUCUUUUUUAUGUGCAAGACGCAUAAGAUUUUGGACGGCAUGGCGGACUUGUUGCCGGGAGCAACAGCUGUAAAUGAAUAAUUAUCUAUUGUCAUCCCCAUCAAUACGCCAUGCUUUGAAUCUAUCAGGGACUCACACACUCAGGGCUGCAUGAGACAAUGUCCCAUGACUACUUAGUGGUUUCAGCGUUUAUUACUCCUAGACAAUCACCUAAAAAGGAACUCUUUUUUUUCUGUUUGUUUGCGUUAAUGUAAUUAAUAUAAUUCUGUCAUCAUUGUUGUUUUUGAAUGAUUUUUGUCUUUUUCAAACAUUCUUGUUUUUGAUAAAUUUAGUUGUUGUUGUUGUGUAAUCUAACUUAUUAUGCAUUUAAUUUUGUGUCUUCAACAGCAAUAAGUGAAUGGGUUGCUGACUGAUAGGGUGAAAACGAUGAUUUCUAUUUAUGUUCAUUUGUUUUAUUGUUGUUUUUUUUUUUUUUUCCUGUGGCAAUUUCUCUGUAAAUAGUCACUCUUUUGCUGCCCAUAUUGGUCUCCUCCGGUCAACAACAGCGGGGCGUGUCCAUUCUUCAGGGCUUCCUAAAAACCAAAGUAGCAGGUGAAACUGCAGAAGAACUCACCUUAGACCAGCACGUAAAUUAGUUCAUUUCCAAAGAAGAGCUUUAUUUCAGCCUUUCCGGAUCGCUUUCCUGAAGUGUCUAUGUCCUUUUUUUUUCUGACGCGUCCUUAAUUUAAAUGAAACAAAAAAAAGGGCAUUUUUCUUUGUAUAUUUUUCACAACAGUUACCUCAGCGUGGAUGUGAUGAUUAUGAUGAUGUGUGUGUUUGUGUGUUCAAAGGGACAGCUGAAGGUGGGAGUUUUUUUAUUUAUUAGAUUUUUUUUUUUUUCUACUUGAAGAAGAAUAAACCAAACUGAACUGGAGAGCAGCUCUUCAUGUGGUCCAAAGUUAGCGGCGUAGCCCGCUGAAAAUGUAGCACAUAACGGACUCAGGAGGCUGAUUAGCCGUCAUUUCCCCUGUUCCUCCACUUUGUUUUCCAUCUUUAUUUUUUAUUUUAUUUUUUUUUUAUCAAACACUGUUCAUACCCAACAGGGAUUUAAAUAUAUUUGGCUAAAAUAACCAAAGUUCACUUGGAUUUAACUUCCAAAAACAAUCUAAACAGGGGGAAGAAGGACUAAAAGAAUGAAAAUGCCUAAGAAGGGAAGAUGUAUGUUGUGUAGAUGAUGAUGAAGUGUUUGCUCCUGUUUUGUACAUAUUUUUUUCAUGUUGUUGUUGUUGUUGCUGUCAUUAUCUGUUUUUUUAUUUUAUUUUAUUUUAUUUUAGAGAGAAACAGCCCCAUCCAUCUGCUGCCUUGUUAAGAACACCUAAGCACCUCGGCCCUCUUUUAUGCACUGGCCUCCCUCCUCCUACUUUAUUCCUUCAGUGCCGAUGCUUGUAUCAUGUACACUGUGUACAGUAUCUGUAAAACUGGUCAAAACUGCAUUAAGACCAAGCUUAAUGUUACUACAGCAGCUGUGAUUUUCUGUAGCAGGUGCACUUCAACAACCUGAACUCUGAAGUUGCUAUUACUUUCUCUGUUUCAAAAUGUUUCAAAUGUUCGACCAAAGCUUUUCUCUUUCUCUGGUUGGAGGUUUAACUCCAGCGGAGAACCCCCCUAAGAUACCUGUCUCUGUUUACAUACUGGUUUACAAAGUUAUUUAUGUGCAAAAUGUCAAAAAGUGUAAAUUAUGAUAUAAAUGCUCACUGCUCUAAUCUAAACUCUAA